AUGCAUGCCGGGCAGGGUGCGAGGGAGGCGAUUGGGAUUCAUCAACUGCGGGGCCUGACUUUGCUGGCUCAUCCGAUACCCUCGCCCCAUCCCUUCAAUGAGACUGCAGCAUCUGAUCGCAGAAAGUUCCUGUCGGCCAUGCGGGAGCUGGAUGCUGAAGAGGUAGUCUUCUCCUCUCCUCUUCGCGUCUUGACCGAGAUGAAGGUGUGCGAGCUUGACGACGUCUCUCUAGAUAACAUCACAGCGCUCGCACAAGACCCUCGUCGCUUGCAGACCACCGCAGACAAUGCAGCGCUGGUUGUGCUGGUAGUUGCCCUAGGGCGAACACAGGAGCAGAGGUUGCAAGUACAGGACCGGGAGGGCAGAUGGGUCUUCGCAAGGGAACUGGUGGAUAGCGUCUACUUGAUGAGCUCGCACAAGAAGUUUCGGGUCUGUCUUGUGAUGCUCAGCGUCUUCUUGCAAGAUUCCAAGGCGCUGCUCUGCUGGACUCCGGCGACGCUGGCGGUUGAGGAGGGAAGGAGGGAAGGGAGCGCUAUGGUCAUGGUGUGGGCUGCUUGCCCCGUUCAUGAGGGCUGGAUGGACGAGAAGGGAUCGGUUGUAACUCAAGUGGUGUGUGAGAGUUUGUGCGCGAACGCUGAGAUUCAGAGCAUCGAGGGGAGCAUGCAAGAGGUGAAGGAGAAGCUGGACUGGUACAGAAAGAGCAAGGGCUCCGCCUCCUCCUCCUACUCCAGAGACUCGAGGAUGUGGAGCAUGGCCCAGGUCGGCGUGCUGCUGAGGAGCGAGAAUGAGCGGGAGCAUCGGCUCGAGUUCGAUCGCGUUUGUCAGCCUUCCUUCAGCCCCAGGGUGCUGGAGGAUGGAACGCUGGCUCCUCGCGUCCCCUGGCAGACUUUCAGCGAGCACGAGCUGGAGGUAAAGGUGAGCAUCGCCUGCCCGACGCCGGGGGCCAAGAUCUUCUUCUCCUCCGACGGGUCGAUCCCUUCCCCCGACUCCCCCACGUCCUCCCUCUACACGAAGCCUGUCCUGCUCCAGCACCGCGACGACAGUGCACGCGACUUCAUGCUGCAGGCUGUGGCAGUAGAGGAGGGGAGGCGGCCGAGUCGGGUGGGAAAGUCUCCGGUGUAUCGCAUCCUAGGGGAGACGAAGAGCGUUACGUUCGAAGAGACGAGGGAGGAGGACAGCGUCUUUCUGUCCAUGACCUGUUGCACUCAAAACGCCAUCAUCUACUUUGAUGAGGAUGGGAAAGUUCCUUGUAAGAAUUCCUCCGUCUAUUCCAGACCGAUCCGAGAGAUAAACACAAUCGCCAUCGCCCCCAACUGCGUCCCUUCCACCAUCUCCACCUAUCGUCUCCUCGAACAGCUUCAAGUUCCUCGAGUACGGCUGGAGGGCGAAACGAUGCCACCCUCCUCCCUCGAUCCAGAGCUCGUAGGCCAGCAAGUGUUCCUUGACAUGGCGAGAGUGUCAAUCGAAGGGGAGGAGGAAAAGAUGGGGCUAGUCUGCAUGGCCAUGGCAUACAAGAUGGCUGAUUCCCUCCUCGCCACCUGCGACUUCAUCGUUCAGAAUCGUUUGAGCUCCCCAGAGUUGCUUCCUAGCUCGGGAACGUUCCGGGAGAGGACGGAGCUGGCAAUGACGAGCGAGCACAAGGAUGCUAGCAUCUUCUUCACCCUCGAUGACUCCGAUCCUUCUCCCUCCUCCUCCUCUUCUCAUCUCUUUCAGCGUCCCAUACGCCUCGACAGACGCGAUCAGGAUCUCUUCACUGGAACUGGUUUGCUCCAAGGAAUCUCGCUCCUUCCAUGGCAACCCCUCGAGCUUCGAUUCACCGCUCGCGCCAUGGCGAAAGGUUUCAUCGACUCGCCGGCGUCUCACGCUCGCCUUGUCCUCCUCCAAGUAGUUGAGACUCCGCGCGUUUCUCCCUCCCCCGGCGUCUUCCUGGAGCUCGUUGAGAUUCUCUUCACCUCCUCGACCCCAGGAGCUAUCCUCCACUACACCCGAGACGGUCAGGAGCCCAGCAAAGACUCUCAGGUCUGUGUCGGCCCCAUCGUCCUCAGGGAUGCAGGAUGGACGGAGUUCCGAGUGCGGGCGGUGAGGGAAGGGAUGUGGGAGAGCGAGGAGCUGUGCGUCAAGUUCGGGGUGAUGGCGUGGGGGAGCGGGAGCGGCGGGAGGCUGGGAGGAGGAGACGAGGAAGAUCACGAGCUACCCUCUCGCGUCCUCGGGCUCGAGGACAUCAACGUCGCUCGAGUCUUUGCGGGUCGAUCGCACAACCUUCUACUUACUAGCUCUAGCAAGGUGCUGUCAAUGGGAGUAGGACUGGGCGGACGGUUGGGAAGGAAGGAGACGAGCAGUCUGCUGCCGAAAGAGAUUCCUGCGAUGAUCGAGAUCGUUCAGGCAGCCGCAGGAGAGAGGCACUCUCUGCUGCUGAGCAGCUCAGGCAUCGUCUUCUCCUUCGGGGAUGGACUGCAAGGACAGCUUGGACAGGGUGACAUCGUGAACCUGGUGGAGCCAAAGGCAGUUGAGGAGGACUUGGUCGAUGUCGUCUUCGUUGCUGCGGGAGGGUAUCACUCCCUUGCAAUCGAGAGGAAUGGGCAUGCCACGUCAUGGGGGCGAGGAGGUGAAGGGCAGCUGGGGUCGGGAACGAGGUACUCGACCAGUCGUCCGUCCCCUAUGUUCGCGUCCAAUGAGGGCGGGGCUCGACAGGGACUUUACGGCUGCAAGCUCAAGAUGAUCGCAGCAGGGGACUGGCACACGGCAGCAGCAGGUCGAGAGCACAGCCUCCUCCUCGACGACAAGGGCAAAGUGUGGGUGUGCGGCAGCAACGAGAGAGGACAGCUCGGAACCGGUCUUGACGGAGGCUCCAGCAUCCCUUGCAUCCUCGAGCCUCUCCGCUCUUCCAACAUCGCGAGCAUCUUUGCCGGGCCCGCAACGUCAGCAGCGGUGGACGAGCAGGGGGCUGUGUUCGCCUGGGGCUCCAACAGCAGCGGCAUGUUGGGGCUGGGAGACAGCGAGGACAGGAGGACUCCCUGUGCUAUCACGAGCCUAGGAGGGCUACAGGUGGUGGACCUGGCUGUCGGUGCGCAGCAUAUGCUGGCACUGACAAGGUGGAAGUAG